UCGGAAGAAGAACCGUUCUUUGUUUGUCUUUUAUAUUUUAUACGAAAAUAAAAGAUUAUUGAAAGAAGAUGCUAUACUAUAAUGAGUUUUGAUAUGGUUUGAUAGGCGAUUUAAAGGACAUCCCGAUAAAAAUUUUGAUUUUCUUGCAAGAAAAUAUUUUGCAUUUUUAUAUCAAAAAUGAAUGAAGAGCAAACAGAUAAUACAAUCUCUAUGGGUUCAGACAAUACAAUGGUAGUAACAGCUGAUUUAGCAAAGCUCAGCAUAGAUAUUAACUCUUCGUCUACAGAAUCUACCAACAGAGUUCUUAGAAAGAGAAUUCCUAAAUCUGCUGCUUCUACAGAUGUUCUUAAUAGAAGAUGCAGCCUCAAACCAAAAAAGAGGAGGGUUUCAGAAAUGGACAUAGAGGAAGAAAACAUAAAGGAUUAUUAUUUAGAUAAGAAGAUAAAUAAAAAAAUUAAUCUGGAAACAAUAUACGAAGAGAGUGACAAUGCAAGCGAUGAUACUGGAGUACAUAUGAGUAUAAAGAGAUUUAAAAGAACUUUAUUAUUUUCUCCAACAAUUUCCAAGCUAAAGAAAAGACGUGCAAAAAUAAAGAAAGUUUUUGGAUCCAACAUGUGCUGUAAAAGAGGAAAUAUAUUGAAAGAUUUUUCAGAUACAAUAAGAUUUCUUGAAAAAGGACCAUUCAUAAUUGAAAAAGAACUCUUGGAGAGACAAAGACAAAGUUCCUCUUGUGUUUAAAUGCUAAUAAUUCCAUCUCUCCAGUUCCUGUAAAUAGUGCUGUGUAUUCUAUUUCAGGAUUUUAUGUUAUCUCUUUAUGUACUCACAUAAAUUUGUAAGAGAUUGCAUAAAAAUAGGAAGAGAUUAAUAUUAUUACAAUAUUUAAUUUAGAUAUAAAAAUUUUUGCCAUUCUUUUAUUAAAAAUAUUUGUUUGGAUAUGUAUCUGCGUAUAAUAUAUGCUGAUAUACAAAUCACAAGGACCAAAAUGUGCGAUAAUCAUAUUUAUAUUUGCACAUUUGCAUGUUAAAGGCACUAA